UCCUCCCAUCCAAUCAACCUAGCUCGUCCAGUUGCCGACGUUAAAACGCAGCGAAGGUAGGUUAUGUAGCACAGAAAUAGCGGACCCGCCGAGCUGGAGUCUCCUCUGUCAAUUAGUUUGAGCGAAUGACAGACAUGCGACUGUUGGGGUUUAGGUUUGCUUCUGGAGAGGAACGCAAAUCGGAGAAGUGGUAGGCUAAGGAUUUGGAUGCUAAGCCAUAGCCUACUAUAUGCAAUUUCCUAAUUGCGGGAGAAAUUAUAAUUAAAGAGCGUUAGCAACUGAAAUAGCAUAGAGACAAAGGUAAUUGCGACGGAGUUCGAUUUAUAGUAUGUUUUACGACUGAGCUUCCGUCCUUUUGGAUCUGAAUGUUUGAUUGCUGGAGUCCGUAUUGCAAAAUAGGUGCUGGUUUGAUUGUUGCUCGCUUUUGCUCGUCGGGUCUGGAAACAGAAGGAGGUUCGUCGAAGCCUCCGUGCGGGAGCUUGGCGUACGCGUUGUCAUGGAAACCAGACCCAACAAGUUAACGUCUGCGCCUGCGGCUGGCUGAAUCGAGCCCAGCACGACCGCGGCGCAUCGGGAGACCCCAAACCAGACCGAUCCCGCACGGACACCGGUGCGUUGAGCGAACAGAGCGGGUGGCAGUCAGUGAUGGAUUGUAGUUGACGGCUGGAGGCUCUGGGGAAUCACACGGGGACAGGGUUGGGCCUCCCUUGUGACUGCAGGCUUUUCCCUGGUGGAGCUCAGGGGGGGGGCGGGGGGGGGAAGAGAGAAAGCGGGCAUGGCCAAGCCCUUCUACAGACUGCAGCGCUUCCUGCGGCGGGUGCAGCUGCUCCUCCUCUUCCUGGGCGUGGCGUACAUCAUGGCGGGGAGCGUCCUCCUGCUGCAGCGCUCCGGCCCGGCCGUUUCCCAGCGGUGGGGGGGGCCCGGCCUUCCGCCGAAGCCCUCCUCGCCCCCCCCGCCCAAAGCCGCGCAGUCUCCCGGCGAAGGCGGGGCGUACGGUUCCUCGCGGUCUCGGGUAGCAGCAAACGGCGGCGACGGGGACGGGGACCCGGAUUACCCGUCCCGUGGCAGGUCGGGCCCGCGCUGGCUCAUGUCCCGGAACCUGGAGAUCCGACUCCUGCGUCGCCGAUGGCUGCGCAGCCAGGAGCAGGAGAGCCAGGUGGGGCGGGGUCCCACGCCCAGGAAGGUCAGGCACAAAGGCACCUAUGUUGGCUGCUUCUUGGAUGAAAAAGACAAUCGAGCCCUUGGGGGGAAUGUUUUCUACGACUUUCGGAAAAUGACCAGCACCCUGUGUCAAGACACCUGCUCAGAAAGUGGGUACCGGUUUGCAGGGUUGGAGUAUGGAGCCGAGUGUUACUGCGGCAACCGCAUCAGCAGUUCCCGUACACGCGAGGAGGACUGCAAUCUGGACUGCAAGGGGGAGAAGGGCUCCCCCUGUGGGGGCGUGGGCCGCCUAUCCAUCUACAAGGUGGAGGAGCUUCUCCCGGGCCAGAGGAGAUAUCGGAACGUGCGCUACCGAGGAUGCUUUGAAAGGCCAAAGAACACUAACGCUGCCUUCCUGGUCCACUCAAUCCAGCCCAAUCUGACACUGCAGUCCUGCAUCGAGACCUGCACAGUCAAGGAACUCCCACUUGCAGCACUGAAGAGGCCAGACUGUUUCUGUGGCUAUGUAUCCUCGCACUUCCCCCUACACCAGCCAGCCGAGGAACGAUUCUGUGCGAAUGUGAACAGCACUGGCCCCAUGGCCCCAGCUGACCGGGAGUACUACCAGGUCUACCAGACACCUGUACAAGACUCCAGGUGUACAGAAAGGAAAUUUCUGCCAGAGAAGUCAAACUCGCUUGUGGCCUUGACCAGUUUCCCCGGAGCUGGUAACACCUGGGUGCGCCACCUUAUUGAGCUGGCAACUGGCUUCUACACUGGCAGCUUCUAUUUCGAUGGCACCCUCUACAACAAAGGUUUCAAGGGAGAGAAGGAUUACUGGAAGAGUGGGCGGACCAUCUGUGUAAAGACCCACGAGAGUGGGCGGCGCGAGAUCGAGAUGUUCGACUCCGCCGUCCUCCUCAUUCGGAACCCGUACCGCUGCCUCGUGGCGGAGUUCAACCGCAAGUGCGCCGGCCACCUCGGCCACGCCUCAGAACAGCACUGGAAGAGCAACGAGUGGCCAGAGUUUGUCAGCAGCUACGCGUCUUGGUGGGCAUCCCACGUACUGGACUGGCUGAAGUUUGGUCGGCGGGUGCUGGUGGUGCACUACGAGGACCUACAAGGGGCCCUCUUCCUCCAGCUGCGCCACAUUGCCUCUUUCCUAAAUGUCAGCAUUACGGAGGAGAGGCUGCUGUGCGCUCAGAGUAACCAGGACGGCCAUUUCAAGCGCUCUGGGACUCGGCAGCAAGGUUUUGACCCCUUCACCCUGGAAAUGAAGCGUCUGAUCGACGGCUACAUCCGCACCGUGGACCGUGCUCUCAGGGACCGGAAUUACACAGGCCUGCCCCAGGAGUACCUCCCUAGAUGAUGAGGGGCACCCUCUGCCCCCCCCCCCCAACUUCAAACUCCCGGAGAGGGGGGGGGAGAAGGGGUAGGCGUGUGGAGCAAGUACCUGACUAUAAAAAGAGCACAGACAAGAACUGCCGUUCGUAAGCCCAACAGUGUCUGGUUGUACUGCUACGGUUUUUUUUUUUUGGUUAAAAUUUUGUCAAGCCUUCUUGUCUCUUCAUAAAUGUGCCAUUGAGUGGUGUCAAGCUAUAUGGAACUUUUCUGAGAUGAUUGAAGAGCAGAUGAGACUUUUCUCCUUUAUUAAAGCGUGAAGGCAAUGACAGGCCUUCUGUCACAUCGGGAUACACUCAGAUUUCAUACUUUCUGUUCUGUGCUGUUCGUGCAAGUGGAAACUGGCUGGCAGGAUGCUUUCCAAUACUUUACCACAGAUGUCUUCAUCACACUGUGCCCUCUGUCAAACAGAUUUAUUUUCUCACUUACAAUAUUGCAGCUAUCUGGAUCACUCUGCUAAAAAUAGCAGAGUGUGCCAUACUGAACUAAUAAAGUGCAAGGAAAAGCAUUCUAGUGCUGUAGAGUUAUUAUUGUGGAAAGCCUGAACUGUAGUUACCCUAUGUGAAGUCCAUGUGGAAUUUAACGCAGCUUUGAAUUUAAUUGAGUAUGACAUUCUAUCAUUGUGCACUAUUUAGGUCCAUCUGUCCUUCCACUCAUGCAUGUGGGAGUUCCCUGAUUGAUCCUGCCUCCCGGAUAGAGGUUUGCUGAUAAAGGUAUAUGUUGCAGUGGAGCCCAGGCAGACUAUGCACAAAUACCUAAAUCUACACAUACACCUGAGUGUGUGUGUGUGUGUAGUCUUAUCAUUACACUGGAACUGAUGAGAAUUGGACCAAAACUCUGGAUGAGAUCCUUCGUUGUAAUAAUAGUCCGGUCUUCAAUUUUCUGUCUUUACUUUUCACGUCAGAACUCUAUUGUAACAGUGGCUGAAUUCGCUGCAAAGAAAAUUAUCACAGAAAUCUUUUAUCUUUGCUGCGUAUUUCUGAAAUUACGUUUGAGGAGUUGUUCUUACAUCCUUCCCUUGUAAAACAUGAAUUUGGAAAGGUCGCAGUUAUUCUAAUCUGGCCGUCUUAAAAUUAACUGAUUCCUUUACUUCUCUGACAAGGAAUUUCAUUUCAGAAACAGCAGUGAAAGUGCCUGAAUGAUUCUCAUGUGUGAAUAUGUAGAAAUUUAAAAGCAAGGCCAUUAAGCUGUACCAGCCUGUUGUAGGCAGAUCAGUUUGAAUAGUGCACUCCACGUUCCACAUGUGGGUAGGUGAAAGUGUGUGUGUGUCAGUGUCAUUAACACGUCACUUAUUCUGAACUAAACACUUUAUUUUGGGGUUAAUGGAGUGGAAAUCAUACAUUUAAAUGUUAUAGCAGUUAAAUUAUUGCCACAGUCAACCAUUUCAAACCAGGUCUAAAUAUAUGUCCCCUUGUUUCUUAAUGGUUGUUUUUUUGCGUUAUGACCAUAGUGUCAUAGUGUAAGGGGCAGGUGCCCAAGGUUCAGGACUGCACUGUAGGCCACUGUAACAAAAACAUAGUUUGCAGCUCACUUUUGUUGGAAGGUGAUAAAGGUUGUCGCUUCUCACAUUCACUGCCUCGGUCAUUGCUUCUCCCUUGAAUAUUGAACAAUUUUGUCUGUCAGCUGCAGGUCUUAGAAAUCAUUUUGCUUGACAAAUGUCAAUGAAUAUACGGAAAGUGGCGCUCCUAUUAACAAACACGAAACUGUCCAGACCCAUGGCGCAACAUGGCGAACUAUAUUUUUUGGUUGAUUUUAUGCGCUCAUAUAUGGCAGUUGGUUGAAAAUAGACACGUCAUGUUACAAUAAUGAUAAUGGAAAUGACUGUGCUGUGAAGGUUAGGUAGCAAACAACAAGGCUGAAUCCUUUUGAUGUAAUUAACAUAGGAACUAUACGCUCAGAUCGCCUAGUUUCACUCACUGUGGCCAAGCGACAUAGCUCAGGAGGUAAGACCGAUUGUCUGGCAGUCGGCGGGUUGCCGGUUCAAACCCCGCCCUGGGCGUGUCGAAGUGUCCUUGAGCAAGACACCUAAUCCCUAACUGCUCUGGUGAAUGAGAGGCAUCAAUUGUAAA